UCCUUUCGCGCCACCACCAAGAUGGCGGCGCCCAUGUUGAGGUGCAUUUCUCCGAGCCGGUGGUUUUGCACCCCGGGCCCGUUGGGAGUCUUGCCCCGGGGGCUGCGUGAAGCCCACUCGGGCAAUAAGGGGUUGCUGGCGGUGCAGAAGGCUCGGGGUUUGUUCAAGGAGUUCUUCCCCGACAAGGGUACGAAGGUAGAGCUCCCAGAGCUCUUCGACCGUAGCAUCGCGGGCAACUUUCCCCAGACCAUCUACUGCGGUUUCGACCCCACGGCGGACUCGCUUCAUGUGGGGCACCUGCUGACGCUGCUGGGCCUCUUUCACUUCCAGCGAGCCGGCCACAACGUGAUCGCCCUCGUGGGAGGCGCCACGGCGCGCCUGGGAGACCCCAGCGGUCGCACCAAGGAGCGCGAGGCGCUGGACGCAGAGCGCGUGGGAAGCAACGCGCGCGCCCUGCGCCGAGGGCUCGAGGCCCUGGCCGCUCAUCACCAGCAGCUCUUCCCCAAUGGGCAGGCCUGGGGCAGCUUCACGGUGCUCGACAACUCGGCCUGGUACCAGGAGCAGCACCUGGUGGACUUCCUGGCGGCGGUGGGCAGCCACUUCCGCAUGGGCACGCUGCUGAGCCGGCUGAGCGUCCAGACCCGGCUCAAGAGCCCCGAGGGCCUGAGCUUGGCCGAGUUCUUGUACCAGGUGCUCCAGGCGUACGAUUUCUACUACUUGUUUCAGCGUUACGGAUGCCGGGUCCAGCUGGGCGGAUCUGAUCAGAUGGGCAAUAUCACGUCGGGAUACGAGUUCAUCAACAAGUUGACUGGAGAAGACGUAUUUGGAAUCACUCUUCCUCUAAUUACAAGUACAACUGGAGCAAAACUGGGAAAGUCUGCUGGCAAUGCUGUUUGGCUAAGCAGGGAUAAGACAUCUCCAUUUGAACUGUAUCAAUUCUUUGUCAGGCAGCCAGAUGAUUCGGUAGAAAGGUACCUGAGGCUCUUCACUUUUCUGCCCCUUCCGGAGAUUGACCACAUAAUGCAGCAGCAUGUCAAAGAGCCAGAAAAGCGGGGUCCUCAGAAACGACUUGCUGCAGAAGUCACAAAGCUGGUUCAUGGACAAGAAGGGCUGGAUUCUGCUAAAAGGUGUACACAAGCCCUUUAUCACAGUAGCAUAGAUGCACUGGAGGUCAUGUCUGAUCAAGAGUUAAAAGAGUUGUUUAAAGAAGCUUCAUUUUCUGAAUUAGUUCUUGACCCUGGAACAAGCGUCCUAGAUACGUGCCGCAAAGCAAAUGCCAUUCCAGAUGGUCCCCGGGGGUAUCGGAUGAUAACAGAAGGCGGAGUCAGUAUAAAUCACAAACAAGUAACGAAUCCGGAGAGUGUCUUGGUUGUUGGACAACAUAUUCUUAAGAAUGGACUUUCAUUACUUAAAAUAGGAAAAAGGAAUUUCUACAUUAUAAAAUGGCUUCAACUAUGAUGAAAAAUUCUUCUGAUGAUUCAAACUUACCGUCAUUCAUUCUCAAGACAUACGAAAGGUUGGCUCCAGAACUUAACAUUCCUUCACUUACGCCAAUCAGCAGAGAAUGGAGUAUAUACUCUAGGCCUCACAGUGUGAGUAAUUUCAUUAUUUAUAUAGGUUGGUAUAAAUAAGUUGUCUGUGUAAUGAUGGGAUAUUUUUAUUUCCUGAUCCUUAAACAUUAAGGACUACCAUAGAAAUCGUGGUUUCCAGGGUUAGUAUGUUUUAAAAAUUAUACUUUAUGAAAAAACUAAAUGCUGUCUUUCCAAUCCUAUCUUGCUCUCCUUCCUGGACAUGAGGGGGGCGGACAAUGAAAAGAGGUAAUAUAAAGAAUUGCAGAUACUUUUAUAUCAAGUAUAUAUAUCUAACUGAUCUCGCUAGUGUCUGUUUCAAAACCAGCAGUGCCUCUAGCAUCCACAUUAGAAAUGCGAAAUCUAGUACUGGAAACUGAUUUUUGUUGUUUAGA